GUUGUCCCCGGGAGCCGCGAUGGGAGCCGGCGCCUCGGCCAUCUCCGCCCUGCUCUGCGGCGCGGCCGCGGCCGCCCUGCUGCUGCGCUGGCGCGGGAGGCGCGGGCUCCGCCGGGCGGUGGCCGAGGCUGGCCGGCGGCGGCAGCUGGCGCUGGGGCGGAUGGAAGAGGCCGCCGGGCGGUUUCGGGAGCAGAAUCCUGAUGUAGAUGCAGACGCCAUCCUGUCUCUCUCCUUGGUGGAGCUCUCUGAGAAACUCCGGGACGGUUCUCUUUCCCCAGACUGGGUCUUCUAUACCUACAUGGACAAGGCCCUGCGAGUGACCAAGGAAAUCAACUGUGUGACUGAUUACCUCCAGGAGUCUGAAUCCCAGCUUCAACAAGUGAAAAGACAGAAGAAAAAGGACUUGCUGUAUGGGGUCCCAGUCAGUAUAAAGGAUUCCAUUAACUGUAAGGGCCACGAUUCCACCCUGGGGCUUGUGAAACGUCUCAAUCAGCCUGCUGCUGAGGACUCCGUGGUGGUGCAGGUGUUAAAGAGACGGGGGGCGCUUCCAUUUGUGAAGACCAACGUUCCCCAGUCCCUGUUAAGCUACGACUGCAGUAAUUUAAUCUUUGGCCAGACAGUGAACCCUCUGGACCACAGCAAAACGCCUGGCGGCUCCUCCGGAGGAGAAGGGGCGCUGAUUAGCAGCGGCGGAUCCAUCCUGGGCAUUGGGACGGAUAUAGGAGGAAGCCUCCGUAUUCCAGCAGCCUUCUGUGGGAUUUGUUCGCUCAAAGCCACUGGGGGCAGACUGAGCAAGAAAGGAAUGGUCUCCAGUAUUCCGGGGCAGAAAUCAGCUGUAGUAGGGGUGGGGCCAAUGGCGAGGGACGUGGACAGCUUGGUUCUGUGCAUGAGGGCACUCCUGUGUGAAGACAUGUUCCACUUGGACACCACUGUGCCGCCAGUGCCCUUCAAUGAGGAGGUGUUCUCCAGCUCACGGCCCCUCCGCGUGGGAUAUUAUGACACUGAUUCUUUUACAAUGCCAGGUCCUUCCAUGAGACGGGCGGUUUUGGAGACCAAGCAGCUUCUGGAGAAUGCAGGCCAUACGCUGGUGCCGUUCAAACCCUGUCGUAUCGAACACCUGAUGUUUGCUAUUUCUGUAAGAGGAUUGUUUGCAGACGGGUGCUCCACCUUUUUGGACCACUUCAAAGGGGAACUAGAAGAUCCCAACAUUAAACACUCACUUCUGUUUUGUAAAGCACCAGGCUGGCUGAGAAGUCUCUUGUCCUGGAUUUGCAAACCAAUAGUGCCUAGAUUAGCAAAAGUCCUGGGAAACAUGAACGAGAGGUCGGUGAAAGAACUCUGGAAACUUCAUUGUGACAUUGAGGAGUACUGCCAAGAAUUCAUUGCCGAAUGGAGGAAGCUGGACCUGGAUGUGAUGCUGUGUCCGGUUGUGGGCCCUGCUUUUCAGGUUGGAUUUCCUGGGAAGCUCUCAGUGACAGCGAGUUACACUAUUUUGUAUAACUACUUGGACUUCCCCGCCGGGGUUGUGCCCGUCACUGCGGUGACGAAGGAGGAUGAGGAAGAGCUGAAGACCCACAGAGGACACUAUAACGAUUGGUGGGACAAGGUCUUUGUAAAGGCUAUCCGGGGAGCCGUGGGGCUGCCUGUCGCCGUUCAGUGCGUGGCUCUGCCGUGGCAGGAGGAGCUGUGCCUGCGGUUCAUGAAGGAGGUGGAGACGCUGACCCGAAAGAGGCAAAGAAACCUUUGAACGACCGGCAGGAUGGAACGCUGCUGGGUACAAUGUUCUUCGCCUGUGGCAGCCAGCCAUCUGCGUCAAGCAGUGAUGUUAAUUGCACAACCUUUGUUUCAUUAAAUAACUUGAUGGUGCUUUCCA